AUGGGGUUCAAAAGAUGUGCAGACAGAGUGGUAUUAUCGGCCGCAUUUCUCACAUGUUUUACAUUCAUUCUUAUUACAAGUUCAUACCUCGUUGUAGAUUUAAUUGUAUCGCGAAAAGUGGUGGGUCAAUUAAACAAAGACAGUGUUUUUAUCACUGGAUGUGACUCAGGUUUCGGAAACUUGCUCGCGAAAAGUCUAGACAAAAGAGGGGUGAAGGUAUUUGCGGGGUUCUUGACAGAUGAAGUUGCCGCGCAGUUAGAGUCGGAGACGUCCAGUCAUCUUCAAACCCUCGUCGUUGACAUAACACAACGCGAAUCUGUGAAGAAGGCUUUGGAUUUCAUUUCAAGAAGAAUUGGAAGUGAAGACUUCGAGCGUGUUCUACACGUCAACAUAACGGGGACAUUAUCAGUGGCACAUGCGUUUCUGCCAUUACUGAGGAAGUCACGUGGUAACCGUUUGCGCGAGUUCUUCAACUCUGGCCUUAAGGUUAUAACCAUUGAGCCAGGAGGAUUUAGGACGAAUCUUACAGAGCAGGAGAGUCUUGCUAAUAUGGUACACAAAGGGUUCAAAACCGAAACAAAGGAACAGCAAGACGUCUAUGGAGGAAAUAUUGCAGAAUACAUUAUGGGUGGUGUACGUUUGGCGUCACAGUAUGUAAGCAAUCGACCUCAGAGCGUUGCUGAAGCGAUGGCGCAUGCGCUACUUGCAAAAUAUCCCAGGAUGUGUUACCCAGUUGGAUACGACGCUUAUAUCUUUUUUGGCUUCAUGAGGAUGAUACCGGAAAGGGUCGGCGACUAUAUCCUGGGCUGGCCAGCACCUCACGGUCGACAGUGUGAGGAUUUUAAACAGCACAAUGAUUAG